ACUUUCUAUAGUUUUGUCGGCCAUAGUCCAGGCUUUGCACCACUAAAAUUAUGACUCUAAUAUACUGACUAAAGGUUAGGGUUAGGUCGACUAUGGCCACAGUGGUUCGUUUGCCCUUACCCAAAACUUUAACCUCCACAUUUCACCUUCUAGAGGUUGUAAAUAUUCGGCCACUUUUUAAACACAAAGUUGGUUAUAUUUUCAACAUUGUCUUGGAAAUAAAUCGAUGCUACAACCAAAUUGUUCUUUUUUCAACAAUUGCAAUCAUUUUUCAAAAGCAUACCUCAUGGGAAAUAUUUGCCAACAGAGAUUUUAAAAGCGCCUGUCAUCCUUCUAACACCAGCAUGACGUAGUUUAAUUUUUACGUCACUGUUUCUCACACAUUCUAGCAGAAAACUGCUGUUCUUGUCACUUUUCGGGGGUGUUUUAACAGGAGAUUAAAGAGAUUCUCGCGCUUGCGUGCUGUUAUAACACCUUUUCAUAUAUGCGCGUUCCGUGGCAAAGCAUAAACGUUUUACGGCCCCGUUAAAGAUAAUUCAAAAGGAUAUGACGUCAACGUGAAAAAAACCAACGUAGACAUGGAAAUUUAUUGACCUCGAGGGAUAAGAUGUUCGUUUUCUUGGUAAUAACGCGUUUUAUGCUAGUUAGCGCAUAUUCUUUUCGUGUUACAAAGUUUGGAUCUGAAUUAAUCCUUGCCGGGCCUCAGCAGAAACGAGCGCGUGCGAUGACGUCAUGCGACCCGCCAGACAAAAUAUUUGCUACUUAGAGUACACAACUUUAGGGAAUGACAAUUUUUUCUCUAGUCACCUCAACUUGUUGUUUUUUGCCGACUUUGUUGCUAACGCAAGUGCUUAUGAUGACACAUAUGCGUUCUCAAGCAUCUGGCUCGAAAAAAUGCUUAAAAGUGGGUGGCCGAAUAUUUACGACCUGGCCGAAUUUACGACUCGAACCAGUAAUAUACUGUAUACCUCUUUACUUUUUUAUACAAUAUCGACGUCACAUUUUCAUGGCCUGUGCUCGGUCUAUUACUCAUAGACCCUGUCUGAUCAUGUCUCCUAACCCAUUUCAUGACUGUCUGGUGAGAACAGCACAUACGACGUGCAGUUUCAUGACAUGGAAGCUCGGCGUCAGCCAUGCCAAUGGCCUUAUGGCAUUGAUCGUGCCUUAAACAGGGCAUUCGUAACAAGGAUAUUCUGUGUUUUUUUAAGGUAUUCCUUUUAGUCUGUCGACUAGCUUUCAAGUGCAAUGAAUGAUUUGCGAUAGAAUUUUCGUACAUGCCGACAUUGCUAGAAAAAGUCACUUUGCACAUGCAGUCCAUGCCUCAAAUGGAGUUAAUCGAAAUUGACAAAUCUUUACACCAGUGCCAUCUCAGUUGCGUCAAAAAUGUAGUUGUGUUAUGCUUUUAACACAGUCAAAUGCGAUUUUUAAAAUAUAAAGGCCAUUAGGGUGGUAACUUUUCAGUGACGCUGAGUAUAUUUGACAAAAAUGAAGCUGAAAUUGUACAAACUUUGGCUCAUUCUGCAUCCAGUGUUGAAAUCAGCAUCGUGCUGUGACAUAAAAUACAGGUUCCAUGGGGCCUCAAAUGGGGUACCCAAAAAGAAGUUAUUUUCCCUAAGAGAUCAUGCUGCAGUGAGAAACCAAGAAAUUCCUAUUGUUGUGUGCAUACUUAAGUUUCAUGGAGUGUCAUGGGAAAAGGAUAUGGAAAAUACAGGGAUGAAGAUGUGUGAAGCUGCAGAAAAGCAAGCUGGAAGCUAUAUACCCAGAAUUCCAGGAGAAAAGGGGCUGUAGGUUUGUGAAGGGUAUUGAGCUGCUGAACAGAUUGAAUUGUUAAUGUAAGAGAAUAAGUAUAAAAAAAUGCUGAUCUAACACAGCAGUGUUCCUUAGGUGAUCUACCAAAUUUAAUCCACUAAAAUAAUGGCAGAUGGGCCAGGCUAAUUUUCUUUCUAUGGCUAUUUUGAAAACUCAGAAAAUACCACAGUCUCGAUUUCAAAAUAAUUUUUACAUUCCUUCAAAUCAUUUUAUUUAAAAUGAUAGGGCAAGUUUUCCCUUUAUUGAAAAAAAAUCUUUUCUUCUGGAACUGCUGGUUUGAUUGUACAAUAAUUUCACACAGAUGUUUUUAUGCCCCCUGUGGGCAUAUCAAAAUCGCACUUUCCGUCCAUCUGUGUGUCCGUGUAAAUUCUUGUCUGGCCUGUAACUCAGUUAUCCAUAAAGGGAUUUUGAAAUAACUUGGCAUAAAUGUUUACCAUAAUGACACAAUGUGUCAUGCGCUACACUCAGACCCUUAGCUCGAAGGUCAAGGUCACACUUAAAAGUCAAAGGUUAAUGGGGUGUUUUGUUCCCGGUCCAUAACUCUGCCAUCCAUGAAGGGAUUUUGAAAUAACUUGGAAUAAAUUUUUACCUUUUCACCAUAAUGAGACGACGUGUCAUGUGCGAGACCCAGACUCCAAGGUCAAGGUCAUACUUAGAUGUCAAAGGUUAACAGGGUCUGUUUCUUGUCCGGUCCAUAACUCUGCUACUGAUGAAGGGAUUUUAAAAUUACUUGGUAUAACUGUUCCCUAUAUUAAGAUGACAUGUCGUGUGCAUGACCCAGACCCCUAGCUCCAAGGUCAAAGGCAAAGGAAGAAGUCAA